AUGACACAAACCCCGCCCUCGCCCACGCUCGCCUCUGGAUCCCCCUCCGCCCCGUCGGACGAGUCCUCGUCCCCCGACAACUCCGCAAAGUCCUCCUCCGCAGCCCCCUCUUUCUCCGACGAUCCCGGCCAGCGCUGCCAGUGGGUCGAGUGCGAGAAGGUCCUUCCGGACCCCGAGACGCUCUACAACCACCUGUGCAAUGACCACAUUGGCCGCAAGAGCACCGGCAAUCUCUGCCUGACCUGCAAGUGGAAGGACUGCGGCACAACCUGCGCCAAGCGCGACCACAUCACCAGCCACCUCCGAGUGCACACACCCCUCAAGCCUCAUGUAUGCGAGAUCUGCAAAAAGCCGUUCAAGCGGCCCCAGGACCUCAAGAAACACGAAAAGAUUCACACCGAGGAGCACCACGCGCAGCACAAGCACUCCAAGGCCAUCACUGUCACCGACCCCUCCUACUCCUCCCGCGUCCGCGGUGAGAGCGACAAGGUCCACGGGCUCGCCCCGCCCAUGCACCACGGCGUGCCCGUCGCGCGCGCCAAGUCCUCCUCCCUCUCCCUCUCAGACAGCUCAUCUGGGGCCGACUUCGGCGUAUUGCCCACACCCUCGCCGGAGCUCGAUUACGCUUCGGAGGCUGUCGCCGCCCACGGCCGGGGUCAGUUGUACCGCGUCCACCCUUCGCUGCCGACAUGGGAAGUGCUCUCAGACGAAGUUCCGGCCCGCAACAUGCCCGUCAGCGGCUCGAAGCGGAGCUACGAUUACGCCGUUGACGAAUUCUUCUCCGAUGUCAAGAAGCGACGUGUGACUCCCGCAUACGAUCCCCACAUGGCCGCGCGCCUGAGCAACCUCGCUUACCAACAGUCGCUCAGCGCUACCACCAACGGCGCCCCCGCUCCAGUUCCGAUCCCACAGGGCAACUUUCCCCCACGCUCGGUCUCCUUCGACAUUCGCACCCCGGAAGAACUCGCCGCGGUGAACGAAUUUCUCAUCACUCUCGGUCGUGACGUCGCGGCCGGCGGUGCCCACGCCCACCCAGGCUCGCGUCAUCACCACUCCCAAUCGGUGCCAUCCGCGGUCGACGACGCGAACUUCUUCGACCCCGCCAACCUGGCGCAGCUCGGUCUCGGCGGGAUGCCGGGCGUGCCGAACGCGGGUGGCCCCGGCUCAGGCGCAGGCUACCACGGCGAGAGCGGAUACAUGCCCCUCAACGAGUUCUCGUCGCACCCGAACGCGUCGUACGCCGCGCCGCGCGUCUCGCACGGGCACCACGUCCAGCAGUACGCCAUGUACGCCAGGGGACACGACAUGGGCGGUCCCCCGGUCGGGGGAUACCGCCGCGACAUGCGCGCGUCCGCGUCCGACGAGCACAUGCUCGGGCUCAACCUCACGCCCUCGCCGCCGAUGCCCAUGCAGCACGCGUACCCGGCGCAGGGGGGCGUCCACGGCUACUCCUCGUACCUCGACAUCGCGGGGAACCUCGUCGCGUCCCCAGGGUCGUCGCACUCGGGCAUGUCCACGCCCCCGAACGCGACGCCGCCGCACAUCCCGCUCACCGUCGCGCCGGAGAGCGCGGCCACGUUCGACUACCUCCGCACCGGCCGCGCCGCGCCCGUCGUCCAGCUCGGCCCCGUCGACUACCACUCGAAGACGCACCGCACCAUGGUCCCGCUCAAGUCUGCCGGGCCCGACUCCUCCUCCGCCGCCGCCAAGCGCCCCGCCCCGGUCGAGCCGUCGCUCGGCCCCGCACGGCAGCGCGGGCUGCCCGCGAAGCUCACCGCGUUCGCGGCGUCGUCGUACGCGUCCUCGUCGACGUCCGCGAUCGCGCCGAACAAGUCCUCGCCGCUGUACCCGCACAUCACCGCGGGCGACGCGCAGUUCAAGCUCCCGCCGCUCGGCGCGCAGUACCGCUCGCCCUCGCCCAGCGCGUCGUCGUCCGGCUCGGGCUCGAGCCGCGAGGCGACCGUGUCCCCGCAGAUCCCCCCGCGCGCCGCGCCGCUGUCGCGGUCCGCGUCGGAGGAGUCGAUGCCGGAACCGACUACGGCGGCAGCGGGGAAGGGGUCGUCGAUGUACCCGGUGCUGCCGCCGAUCACGGCGUUGUCGCGCGGCGGGCGGGAGGACGAGCUCGCGCGGGGCGUGGGGCGCAUCGCGCUGGGGGCGCCCGUGGAGGACCGGCAGGAGCACGCGCGGCUCAUCCGCGACAUGCUGCUCGCGAUCAACGCGGAGUACCGGCGCAAGCACGGCACGCCGCCGCCGCCGCGGAGUCCGAGCGUGAAGGAGGAGGUGCGCGGGCUGGAGAGGGAGGUGCGGGACGUGGAGAUGAUCGCGGUCUGA